GUCUUGUUCGCUUGGAUCUUGGAUCUUGGGAUCGCCGUCCCUGCACAUCGCCCGCUGCUCGUCACCUGAAAGUCCCGUGCUCAUUGUCAAAAACCUCGACUCCUCGUUGCCCUUGAUUGCCCGUCGCCGCCGCCUGACUGCGUGCCCAGUUCUGCCAUCAUGGGCCUGUUCUCGAGAGUAUCAACGCUGAGGAGGGAGCCCCACGGCCAGCGAAUCAUCCACCUCAACGACCCCAUCAAGAACCAGCAGCAAAAGUUCCUGCACAACAGAAUCUCCACGGCCAAGUACAACGCCGUCACAUUCCUGCCAAAGUUCCUUUACGAGCAGUUCACCAAAUAUGCCAACAUGUUCUUCUUGUUUGUGUCGUGCAUCCAGCAAAUCCCAAACAUCUCGCCCACCAACAAAGCCGGCACGGCGAUUCCACUCUCCAUCGUCAUCAUCUUCUCCGCCAUCAAGGAGAUCUUUGAGGAUGUCAAGCGUCGCCGACAAGAUACUGAGGUCAACAACCGCAUGUCGUGGGCCCUGCAGGGCCAGCACUUUGUCAAAAAGUCGUGGAGCGAUAUCCAAGUCGGCGAUAUCGUUCGCAUCGAAAACUCCGAGUUCUUCCCCGCGGACAUCAUCCUGCUCUCGUCGUCAGAGCCCGAUGGCAUCUGCUAUAUCGAAACAAGCAACCUGGACGGCGAAACCAACCUCAAGAUCCGUCAGGCCCUGCCCGAGACAGCCCACAUGAUCUCGCCGCCUGAGAUUGCGAGAUUCGAAGGCCUUAUUCGCUCCGAGCUGCCAAACAACCGACUGUACACCUACGAGGGUACGCUCUCAACCGCGCAGGGCGACCUGCCCUUGAACCCAACCCAGAUCCUGCUGCGUGGCGCCCAACUCCGCAACACCCCUUGGAUCUACGCCGUUGUUGUCUUUACUGGCCACGAAACCAAAUUGAUGCGAAAUGCCACUGCCACACCGAUCAAGAAGACCAAGGUCGACGGACUCGUAAACACACAGAUCAUCUUCCUGUUCUGCAUUCUGAUUGUGAUGUCGGUGAUCUGCUCCGGUGCCAUGUUUGUGCGCACGCGCAGCGCCAAUUUCGAAAGCCGCAUUCUCCUCUUCGACACCACUUUGAUCGGUUCUUUGAACGUCUUUGGUGGAAACAUCUUGACCUUCAUCAUCCUCUUCAAUAAUCUCAUUCCUCUCAGUUUGAUCGUCACCAUGGAAGUCGUCAAGCUUAUGUUGAGCGCGCUGAUCAACCAGGACCUGGACAUGUUCUACGAGCCCUCGAACACACCCGCGACUGCUCGCACGUCGUCGCUGGUUGAGGAGCUGGGCCAGAUCGACUACAUUUUCUCGGACAAGACCGGCACGCUCACUUGCAACAUCAUGGAGUUCCGCAUGUGCUCUGUUGCCGGAGUUGUCUAUGCCGACGUUGUUCCCGACGACAAAAAGUCCAGAGACGAUGGCGGAACGUCGUACAAAAACUUCCUCCAGCUCAACAACGAUCUCAAGGAAGGCCCGAACUCUGCGUUUUUGAAUGAGUUCUUGACUCUGUUGGCUGUCUGCCACACCGUCAUCCCCGAACGGAGCGACACCGAGCCCGGUGGCAUUGUCUACCAAGCGUCCUCUCCUGACGAGGCUGCCCUGGUCAAGGGCGCUCGCUCACUCGGCUAUGAGUUUGUGACUCGCCGCCCCCGCUCUGUCACGAUCGUGGCCAAGGGCCAGGAGCUGGAAUUUGAGAUCCUCAACAUCUGCGAGUUCAACUCGACGCGCAAACGCAUGAGUGCCAUUGUUCGUGGCCCUGACGGACGAAUCAAGCUGCUCACCAAGGGUGCCGACACAGUGAUCCUGGAGCGACUUGCUCCCAACAAUCCCUUUGUCGACAUCACCACUAUCCACCUGGAAGAGUGCGCCUGUGAGGGUCUCCGUACACUCUGCAUCGCAUACCGCGAAGUCUCCGAAGCCGAAUACAGCGAGUGGAGCAGCAUCUACGACCGCGCGGCCACAACCAUCACCAAUCGGCAGGAGGAGCUCGAUCGCGCGGCCGAGCUCAUUGAGAAGGAUCUUUUCCUGAUCGGCGCGACUGCCAUCGAAGACAAACUCCAGGACGGCGUCCCUGACACCAUCCACACCCUGAUGGAGGCCGGGAUCAAGAUCUGGGUCCUGACGGGCGAUCGCCAAGAAACGGCCAUCAACAUCGGAUACAGCUGCAAGCUCAUUACCGAGGAAAUGCAGCUUAUUGUCUGCAACGAGGAGACGCACUUUGACACCAAGCAGUACCUGCAGAAGAAGCUCGAGAUGAUUCGCGGACCCAAUCCCUCGCCUGGAUUCGAGAACGUGCGUCACUACACAAACCCCUCGGGCUACCAGAAACUCAUGUCGACUCUCGGUGUCAAGCGAGGCAUCAAGAUGAGAAAGGACAUUGACACGAUCUUGGAGCCUCUGGCUCUCAUCAUCGAUGGCCGCACCCUGGACUUUGCCCUUGAAAAGGACAUUGAGAUGCUCUUCCUGGAGCUGGCGACCUUAUGCAAGGCCGUCAUCUGCUGUCGUGUCUCGCCGCUGCAAAAGGCCUUGGUGGUCAAGCUGGUCAAGCGCAAUGUCGAGGGCUCUGUGACGCUCGCCAUCGGCGACGGCGCCAACGACGUCAGCAUGAUCCAGUCUGCACACGUUGGCAUCGGUAUAUCGGGCAUGGAGGGACUCCAGGCCGCUCGUGCCGCUGACUUUGCCAUCGCUCAGUUCCGAUUCCUGCGCAAGCUUCUGCUUGUCCACGGCGGAUGGGCCUACUCACGCCUGAGCAAGUUGAUCUUGUACAGUUUCUACAAGAACAUCACCAUGUACACCAUUCAGCUGUGGUUUGCGAUUGACAACGGCUUUUCUGGACAGACCCUCUUCGAGUCCUGGACCCAGGCGUCCUACAACGUUGCCUUUGCCGUCCUGCAGCCCCUGGUCCUGGGUGUCUUUGACUGCUACGUCAGCGCCCGUAUGCUGGACAAGUACCCCCAGAUCUACAAGCUCGGCCAGCGAUCCGAGUUCUACAACCACCGCACCUUCUGGGCCUGGAUCAUCAACUCGUUCUUCCACUCGCUCGUGCUCUACUGGAUGAUGUCAUGCAUCUACGGCGAAGGCAACCUGCUGGGAUCGGGUUUGAUGGGCAACCUGUGGCUGCUCGGCCAGUCGGUCUACACCGUCGACUUGCUGACCAUCACAUGGAAGGCAGCGAUCAUCACAGACACCUGGGUCAGCUACACCUACAUUGCCUACCUCGGUAGUAUCGGUCUGUGGUUCACGGGCUUCCCGCUGUGGUCGUUGGUGGGCCCACUCAUCGGCAUCAGCGACGAGCUCACUGGUCUAGCUGCCCCGAUGUUUGGCAAUGCGAGCCUCUGGUUCUCCAUCCUGGUCGUGCCGAUUGCCGCCGUGCUGCGUGACUUUGUCUGGCGAUACGUCCGACGAACGUACUUCCCCAAGUCGUAUCACAUCAUCCAGGAGAUCCAAAAGUUCAACGUUCCAGACUACCGGCCCCGCCAGGAGUGGUUCCGCAAGGCUGUGCACAAGGUCCGCCAGAUCCAGCGUUUGCAGCGCACUCGUGGCUUUGCCUUCUCGCAGAACGAGAGCGGCCAGGCCAACCUCAUCCGUGUCUACGACACCACCCGACGAAAGCCCACGGGCAUGUAGUGCCCAACCCCAUGCGCGCGUGGAAACCAGUUGGGUCGGCUCAUGGAGGUCAGCCAGCGGGAUUGCAAGUUCCCAUGCGUCUGUCCAGCCGCUCUGGUCCCCAGUCCGAUCCACCUGUGCCGUUGUCGGCGACUCUGCCGGCUG